AUGCCGGAGAUGAUAGAAUACCUUGGAAGAAUUGGAUACACCGCAAACCUCAACAAGCUGAAUAUAAUCCAUAUCACUGGUACCAAGGGGAAGGGGUCCACAAGCGCCUUCACAGAUUCCAUCCUUCGCCAUGCCGUGCCGCACUGGAAGAUUGGCUUGUACACUUCUCCGCACCUGGUUGCGGUGCGCGAGAGAAUAAGAAUCAAUGGGGAACCAAUAUCGGAGGAGGACUUUACCAGGGUUUUUUACGAAGUGUGGGACCGGUUAGACUCCAAUGACGUGAGAGCCAAUCCGAAUACGUCUCCGAAACCCGCGUACUUCCGUUUCAUGACUCUUGUGGCAUUUCAUGCCUUUCUGUCGCUGAAAGUGGACGCGACAAUUCUUGAAGUCGGUGUCGGUGGAAGGUAUGACAGCACAAAUAUCGUUCCCAGACCGGUCGUCACUGGGAUUUCCUCACUUGGCUUGGAUCAUACUGCUGUGUUGGGCAAAACGAUCGAGGAAAUAGCCUGGCAAAAGGGUGGAAUCUACAAGGAGGGCGUACCUGCGUUGACGAUGGAGCAACCAGAGGAGGGUAUGCAAGUCCUCCAGCAGCAAGCGCGCGAUCUCAAGGCCUCUGAAUUUACCGUCGUGUCAUCAACGCCAGGGCUGUCCAUCAUCAAACUAGGGCUUGCGGGUGCACAUCAAUAUCAGAACGCCAACCUCGCAGUGCACCUCGCGAAAGUCUUCCUUCGCGAGAAGACAUCCACAAAGGUCGAGGCAGGGCUCCCAGAGUCCUUCGUCACCGCGCUCAAAGCCACGAAAUGGCCGGGCCGCUGCCAGACCGUGCCGGACCUCCAGAACACCGACAUCACCUGGUUCCUGGACGGCGCGCAUACCGUCGAGAGCCUUCAAUGCAGCAUGCAGUGGUUUGUCACUCCCGAGGUGGCGUUGAGUUCCACAGGGUUCUCCCUCCGGAUUCUGGUAUUCAACUGCACUCAUGGCCGGUCGGCCAAAUCGCUCUUGAGAUCUAUCGUGACGAAUGUAGCGGCGCAAUUGCAGCUGCACGAUCGUCAGGACGACCCUGGCAUGUUCUUCGACCACGUCAUCUUCUGUACAAACGUGACGUACGAAGACGGCGGCUUCAAGGGCGAUUUGACGGCGGUGUCCAUCUCGACGGACGAGCUGCUCCACCUCACGACACAGCACGAACUCGCGUCCGCGUGGUCCUCACUCGUCCCCACCUACUCUUCCGACCACGUACACGUCCUCCCUUCCAUCCAGCAUGCAGUGAACCUUGUACGGCAUUUGCAGACAGAAACCACCGCCGCCCACGUGGAUGUGCUCGUCGCAGGCAGUUUGCAUCUAGUCGGCGGCAUGAUAGAGGUGGCAGGUCUGUCUUCCGUGGCAUUAUAG